AUGGCUGAAGAGGAGAUAAUGACCCCAACAACUCUGUCCACCCCGACAACCCCAAGCAUCCCAGUCACCCCUACUACUCCAGGCACCCAAAGUACUCCAAGUAGCCCAAUUACUUCAGGCACCCAAAGUACUCCAAGUAGCCCAAUUACUCCAGGCACCCAAAGUACUCCAAGUGGCCCAACUACUCCAGGCACCAAAAGUACUCCAAGUAGCCCAACUACUCCAGGCACCCAAAGUACUCCAAGUAGCCCAAUUACUUCAGGCACCCAAAGUACUCCAAUUAGCCCAACUACUCCAGGCACCCAAAGUACUCCAAGUAGCCCAAUUACUCCAGGCACCCAAAGUACUCAAAGUAGCCCAAUUACUCCAGGCACCCAAAGUCCUCCAAGUAGCCCAAUUACUCCAGGCACCCAAAGUACUCCAAGUAGCCCAAUUACUCCAGGCACCCAAAGUACUCCAAGUAGCCCGAUUACUCCAGGCACCCAAAGUACUCCAAGUAGCCCAAUUACUCCAGGCACCCAAAGUACUCCAAGUAGCCCAAUUACUCCAGACACCCAAAGUCCUCCAAGUAGCCCAAUUACUCCAUGCACCCAAAGUACUCCAAGUAGCCCAAUUACUCCAGGCACACCAAGUUCAUUGGUGACCCCAAAUUCUCUUUCCAGUUUUAGCUGCCCUUCAUCAAGCCAGUUCAGCCAUAGCACUUACCAAACCUCCAAUCCACAAUUACAACUGACAGAUGAGGAAGAAGAUGCAUGCUCUGCCUCUCAAAAUCUGAAUCAAGAGUACCGUGAAAUGGCUGAAGAGGAGAUAAUGACCCCAACAACUCUGUCCACCCCGACAACCCCAAGCAUCCCAGUCACCCCUACUACUCCAGGCACCCAAAGUACUCCAAGUAGCCCAAUUACUCCAGGCACCCAAAGUACUCCAAGUAGCCCAAUUACUCCAGGCACCCAAAGUACUCCAAGUAGCCCAACUACUCCAGGCACCCAAAGUACUCCAAGUAGCCCAACUACUCCAGGCACCCAAAUUUGUGCUAUUGGAGUGAAGAAGAUCCGAGAGUCCAGGUUCCAUCCCAAGCCCUGA